AUGUUUGGUUUAUAUUUAAUUCGUCUCAUUUCUAUUAUUUAUAUCGUUAAUGUUAUACUAUUAGUAUUAAUUGCUUUUUUUAACACAACUCGAGCACAAACAACUGCGUCACAGUCACCGUUUCAUUCAAACUUUUGUGAUUAUACGUAUAUUCCAAAACAUUUAGAUCCAUCGAUUAAAUGUACAACAUUAGGUCUAGUGCGUGGAAUUAAAGUUGACUUUUAUCUGAAAGACUCGAAUACAACAAAAAAUGAUGAACCAGAAAGUGUCUAUACUUAUUUAGGUAUACCGUAUGCUGAAACACCCGAAAAUUCUUUUCGUUUUAAAAAACCUGUGGCAAAACGUCCAUGGCAUUAUGCAAAUAAUAUGAUAUAUAAUGCAACAGUAUUACCAAAUUCAUGUUAUCAAAUGAUUAUCAAUUCUUUCAAUGGAUCAGGAGAAAAAAUAUGGACACCAACUACGCCGAUGAGUGAAGAUUGUUUAUAUUUGAAUAUUUGGGUUCCUGGGAAAAAGGUAUCCUCAGAACCAUUAGCCGUUAUGGUCUGGAUUUAUGGUGGCGGAUUCAACAGUGGAUCAAGUACUCUUCGACUAUAUGAUGGUUCUAUUUUGGCAGCUACCAACAAUGUCAUUGUUGCUUCGAUGGAAUAUCGUGUAGAAAGUCUUGGUUUUAUGUACUUGGGAACUGAUGAUGCUCCAGGUAACCAAGGACUCCAUGAUCAAUUACUCGCAUUAGAAUUUAUUCAUAAAAAUAUUCAAUACUUCGGUGGGGAUAAUCAACGUAUCACUCUAUUCGGUGAAUCAGCAGGAGCUGUUUCUGUUGGACUUCAUUUACUCUCGCGUAAAUCUCGUCAUCUAUUUAAUAAUGCUAUUCUACAAUCGAGUGGAGCGAGUGGAAAAUGGGCUGUUUUAAGUCCACGUGUAGCCAGAUUUCGUACUGAGAAAUUUUUAAACGUUUUAACAAAUUAUAUUCUUAAUCGAUAUCAAAAUGGACCGAUAAAUGGUGGAACUGAUCCUGAGUACGAUGCCAUACCACUUGUCUGUCAAAAACCAAUGUUAACUAUUCAAGAUAAAUUCGCAUGUGUUCAAAAAUAUCCCGUUCUAAAUCAAAUACAUUUCCGUUCAACAUGGGCAUUAGAAUCGUUUAAUGGCGGCCCAAUUGGUUACACAUUUGUACCAACCAUCGAUGGUGAUUUUGUUUCAUAUGAUCCUGAAUUGAUGUUAAAUGAUAAAGAUUAUAAAAAAUGUCCACUUCUGCUCGGUGUGAACAGUGACGAAGGUUCGUACUUUGUUAUUUAUAUGCCACAUGGGAACAUGUCGCAUGAUUCAUGGCCUUAUGUCGAUUAUAAAACGUUUAAACAUGCAAUGAAAGAAUAUUUUCGAUUUUUACCAACUUAUCCAACCGAACGAUCACCAAUGGUUUUAGAAUCAAUACUUCAAACGUAUACAUUGUGGAAUGAUUUUAAUAAUACUGUCAAAAAUGCUAUACAACUGUCAAUGGCCGUCGGUGAUUAUCAUCUCACUUGUCCAACAGUAUAUUUAGCUGAUAUGUAUGCCCAAGCUGAGAUGCCGGUAUAUUUUUAUCACUUUACUAUACGUGCUUCUGUAUCACCGUGGCAUCAAUGGAUGGGAGUAUUACAUGCUGAUGAAAUUAUGUUUGUAUUUGGUGAACCGUUAAAUACGACUGAUGAAUUACAAUAUACAAAUGAAGAAAUUCAAAUUAGUAAAAAGAUGAUGACAUAUUGGACAAAUUUUGCCAAAUAUAGUAAUCCCAAUCAGCGUCAUGAGUCUAAAUGGGCAAAUGAUUGGCGCCUAUAUAAAUGGCCUUCACGAGAACAUAUAAUACUAAACACGAAUUUACAAUCAUCAGAACAUGGUCAAGCUCAUAGAGCAGAAUAUUGUUCAUUUUGGCUUGAUUAUAUACCAAAAUUAAUGAUUGUCACAUCCAACAUUACCGAUGAUGAAAAAUUGUGGAAACAAGAAUUUCGUGAUUGGCAAUUACGAUAUCAACAGUGGGAUUAUCAUUAUAGUCAAUACAAUCUAUUAUCAGAUAAAAAUAAGCAACGUUUAUCAAAAUGCUUAACAUAA